AUGCAACAGCUGAGGAAUAGUAAUAGUAGUAGGGGUGGUGGUAGUACUAGUGAUGGUGGAGGGAAGGUUAGAAGUGGAGAAGGGGGUGGAUCAUUUGAUAUUAAGAGAGGAGGGGGUGGUGGAUAUGAUGUUAGAAGUGGAGAAGGUGGUGGAUUUGAUGUUGAGAGUGGAGGAGGGGAAGGGUAUGAUGUUAGGAGUGGUGGAGGAGGUGGAUAUGAUGGUGGUGUGAGGUGGUGUUGUGGAGGAGGAGGAAGUUGUGGUUGUGGUGUAAGAGGUGAAGGAGGUGGAUGGUUUGAAUAUGAUGUGACAAGAGAAGGAGGAGGUUGUGAACAUAUGGUAGGACAUGAGGCACAUUCAGUGAUGCACAAUGAACCAGUUGAAGGGUCUUCAAUGUUUUCUUCUGAUGCCACCAUGCAUGCACACAAACCCAGCACCAUGAAUCCAACUUUUCUCAUCAAUGGAAACAGAUCUUUUUGUCUGAAUCUGUGA